AUGUGGGACUGUGUGAUAUCGGGGGGGAAGGAUGAGAAGUUACCGAGGCCUCUGGGACCGCGGCCCGAGCCCGGACUGCGCGGCGACCGCCACCUCAGCCGCCUCCGCCCGGUGCUCUCCACGGGACUGCAGUGCUUCCAGGGCUACACUGAGAACCACCGCCCCAGCGCCGCGGUGCCCGGUGGGGAGUCGGAUCGCUGUGUCAGCGCCUCCCGAGGACGAAGUUCCCCCUCAGCCGGCUGCGGCGACUGGAAGUCCAGGUACGGAAGUGCAUCGCGCCGCAGUCCGCCCCCGCCAACCUCCGCGCCGCCUCCCACCGCCCGUCUGCAGAAGGUCCCUCUGCCGGGCAGCGGAGACGGGGAGUCGGACUCGGAGGCGGAUUUAUUCCCUCCCGAACGUCAUCGAGUUUCUACGGCAACGCCGGGACAGCCUACAGUAACUGAAUUAGGGAGACAAGUCGGCGAAGCCAUACAGAAGCUAGAGGGUCGGCGGGACAGCGCGCUGAACUCAGGCCCUAUACCGCCGGCUCAGUCGGUGCAACAACUAAUUAAGCAAAUUCCGGCUGUGGGCUCCUGCGCUUCGGUGACACCCUCUGCUGCUCUGCCUCACUGUACUACGGCAGAAGGGGCUCCAGCAACGGAGCGGAGAUGGGCUGGCAUAAUUCGGGGUGCCGUUCUGGAAGGCUCCUGUGCAUCUCUCUGCGGAGCAGCGCCAGUGCCUUCAGAUGCUUGGCGACAAGCUUCUGUCUGCCUAUGUGGAUCGCCGCUUCCCGGACAUUCCCAUUGGGGUGCUGGUUGUCAAUCAUCCCGAUUCCCCCUUCGCCCUGCUGUGUCAGUGGUUGUUGUGCCAUAAAGAAACGGGGGAAAGACUGCCCAGUGUUGUGCCCCGAGGUGGCACAACAGCAACAACAAUGGCAGCGACGAUUGCGAGGGUGAAGGCUGUGGAACGAGUCAGCAUCUUGGAGUGUGUUUUCUUACCACAUACACCGCCUAGGAGUGUCUGGGAAUGGGUGCUGGUAUUAGCGUACCUAAUAAAGAAAGCGUGGCAUCGGACAGU